AUGGGAGAUGCAGGGGGGACGCAGGGGACGCAGGGGACAAGGAUGAGGUGGGCGAUGCGGGGGCGAGACGUGGGCAACGCGGACGAGAUUGGUGAGGUGGGCGACACCGGGCAGACUGGGGACAGGGCUUCAGGUCCAGGCGAGGUGGGUAAUGCGGCGAGGGCGACGCGGACGGGGCGGGGGCAAGGCGAGGGCUUGACGGAGGAUGACGACGUGGGGGCGGGCCGCGCAGACGAGGGUGACGCAGUGGGCAGGGACGCGGCGGAGGUGGGGGAGGGCAACACGGGCAGAGGAGGGCGAGGUGACGCGGGCGAGGUGGUGGGUAACACGGGCGCAGGCGAGAUGAAGAGGGCGAUGGCGAGGGUCGUCUGGGGAGCGGGCCGGCAGGGGUUGCAAGCGCAGGGGAGGGGGACGGCCCUGGACACGACACGGGGGGCAGAGGGGGCAGGGGAGAGUACUCACCGCGGGAGAUUGGGGUCGCGGGGGCUCACCGCAACCCCACAGAAUGGCCGCGCCCGCGAGCACGAUGACGCCGCAUGGACGGGAGAGAGGGCGACGCGGGGCACGUGGGGGACGUGGGCAAUGCGGGCGAGGGCGAGGGCGACGCGGGAGGUGCGGGAGACGUGUGGCGCUGAGGCCGACACGGAGGUGGUAGUGGGCGACAGGGCGAGGGCGAGGGGUAAAGCCGGGGGAUGGCAAGGCAGCGAGGCGGAGAGUGUGAGGUGGACGAGUGCGAUGAGAACAAGGGAAACGGGGACUAGCGUGAGCGCGAGCGCGAGACAGGCAAGGACGCGCGGGGAGCAGAGGGGGUGGGACUCACCGGAGAAGAUCGGGGCCACAGGAGCUCACCGCGACCCCAUCGCUCAACUCAUGGGCUUAAGAAUGGCCGCGCGCGCUCACGCGAUGACGCAGUGCGGAGGGAGGGUGGAAGGUAAGCGGAGGAGGAGUGAGGAGGAGGAGGGACAAUGGCGAGCGAGUGACGCGCGAGACGCCGCGUUCGAUUCCGAACACUGCCCGAUCGGGACGGAUUCCCGCAUGCAGACGCCAGAUGCCGGCGCCAAAAGCGCUCGAAACAUUGUAUCGUUAGAGAGCUGCUUCAAAAGGCUUGUAGAUUACCUACAAUUUGUAAGCUGCCAUAUUUUGGCCCUCUUGAUCUGGAGCCGCUGGGAGCCAGAGCCGGAAAGAGCCGGAGCCGCCCGGCUCAUGAUCCCUGGCUCACGGCUCCGGAUAAUCACAGCUCUACCCGCAAAGUCCCCUCCCCUCUCUACAAGUCCCCGCCCGGCAAGCCCUGAGCUAGGCCGAGCCCGCGUCUGUCUGCUCCCAUCAUCACGUGUGUCCCCCGCUGCCCUGACAUCUCCGAGCGCCGCGCUCCCGCCGGCGCCUUCCCCGCCUGUGCCUGUGCUCGCUGUGCCCGACACUACACUUGCCUGGAGCUUGGCCAGCCAAGUGAAUGGGUCUAGAAUGGCAGGUUACGCAAAGGGCAACGCAUUUUGGGGGGUGCGCAUUUUGAAUACAAGUGGAUUACAAAAAGAACGGAGGGAAACGGAGGGGAGGGGGAGGCAGGGCGCAGGGACAGCGAGCUCACUGUCGGGCACAGCGAGCACAGGCACAGGCGGGGAAGGCGCCGGCGGGAGCGCGGCGCUCGGAGAUGUCAGGGCAGCGGGGGACACACGUGAUGAUGGGAGCAGACAGACGCGGGCUCGGCCUAGCUCAGGGCUUGCCGGGCGGGGACUUGUAGAGAGGGGAGGGGACCUGUGUAUAUGGGGGAAGCGGGCUGUUUCCUUGCAAGGGAAUUGGCCGCAAUAUUCGUAG